AUAUUUUAAGAUGUUUGUAUAGACUGAAUUAUCGUUUCAUUUUUCUUGACCAUAUUUCUUUUUCCUUCCAUAAACACUAUAAAUAUCAACCCUGGGAUUGAGAGUAACGAGUCGUAAGAGAGCCUCACUUGACAAAAACAAACACUUUCUUUUGAAAGAAAAAGAAAUUAAAGGGAAUUUAAUUGCAACAGAGAUAUGGAUCUUCAUCACUUGUCUUGGGCUUUCGUCUUUGGCAUUCUAGGUAACGUUGUUUCAUUUUUGGUUUCCCUUGCUCCCCUGCCAACAUUUUACCAAAUAUACAAGAAAAAAACAUCGGAAGGGUUCCAGUCAAUGCCCUACGUGGUUUCCCUACUCAGUGCGAUAAUUUGGAUUUACUAUGCACUCCUUAAGAACAACGCGAUGCUUCUCAUUACCAUCAACACUUUCCGCUGUGUCAUUAAGAUUUUUUACAUUGUUACUUACUUUUACUUUGCUCCCAAGAAGGAGAAGGUCGUGACUGUCAUGCAUAUUCUCCUCUUCAGCGUUUUUGGGUUCGGAGUAAUCGUUCUCUCAACUAUCUUUCUAAAAAACCCCAUGAUCCGUCUUCGAGUUCUCGGAUAUAUUUGCGUGGCAUUCACUUUGAGUGUGUUUGUUGCACCUCUAUGCAUUGUGAGAAAAGUUAUAAAAACCAAGAGUGUUGAGUACAUGCCAUUUACUUUAUCAAUGUUCCUCACCUUAGGAGCAGUGCUGUGGUUUAUUUAUGGCCUUAUGCUGAAGGAUAUGAUCAUUGCUAUUCCAAACAUACUUGGGUUUAUCUUUGGAAUUCUUCAAAUGAUAAUUUAUGCAAUCUACAAGAACCACCCCAGAAAAGUGGCGGAAAACCCAAAACUUAAACUACCAGAGCACAACACAAACAACAUUGGAGAAGUUGUUAAAGCUCAAAAUAUUAAGGGAAACACAAGGGAUUGA